AUGACUACUACUGUUGAAGCUGGAGCCAUUCAAGAUCCUGUCGCUGGAAAUGUCGCGGACGAGAACAGACAACCGUCGGGGGCGGGCGGAUCUGCCGGAAGCUGUCCGAAGGAGACCAAGAAGGAAAUUGUAAAGCUGCAGCCAGCGCCGAUUCCACAGAACUCUCCGUGGAAACCGGUGCAGAUGGGGACGGGGGCCGGACGGGCCACCGAGGACGGCCGCUGGCCUUCUGCGCACGAGGUUGCGACAAAGCUUGCUGACGACGGCAGCGGGCGGGGGCGCUCGCAACCGAUGGUGACGACCGGGAAGGAGAAGUGGGUGCCAAUGAAGCCGGCCAUGCUUGUGCCCGGGCAGGGCUUGCGCAAGAUGCAACGCAAGAAGAAAAACGGGCAGGCGGUCAACGGCGGUGCCGCGAAGCGCAAGACCGGAAACAAGGCACCCCCCAGCCAGCAAAAGAGAGCUCCAGACUCCCACAGGAAGGCGCAUGACGAGGCGAGCGCCGCGAGCGCCACGCCAUCUGCACCGGAGGAGCACGUGGAACAGCGCGAGCUCGGCGAGCAGCAGCAGGUCCCCGAGGCCGCAGAGCAGGGUGCGGAACACCCGACACAGCAUAUGGCGCAGAUGCAGCCCCAGCCCAGAAGACGCUUCUACGGCGGCAGGCAGCAGCACUCCGCUGACGGACACAAGCAGUUUGUGUCGCGGCAGUACACAGGCAGCGGCGGCCAGCCGCGCCGCAACUUCCACAACAGGCCCCACAGCAGCGCUUACCGGCCACGUGUCUACAGCUCGCAGAUAGACCCGAUGAUGGCCAUCGACAACAUCGCGAGACAGAUUGAGUACUACUUCAGCAUAGAGAACUUGAAAACGGACUCGUACUUGCAGUCGCUAUUAAACAAGGAAGGCUGGGUUUCGUUCUCCACCAUCGCGUCCUUCUACCGCUUGAUCAAGCUCUCCUGGGGCGGCGACAACAACUUAAUAAUGGGCGCCCUAAGAGAAAUAGUCUCCAAUGAUAACGCCACGGUCGAUGUCGCCCGUGUUGUCGAUCCUGUUCUGCCUGAGACCCCCGUUGAAGCCGCCAGAUUCUUUGGCAGCUACGCCGUCAGGGCUAAGGCCUGGGAACAGUGGGUUUUGGACAAGCCCAAGGACUGGAGCCCCACCCUAGAGAUCCUCACCGGCUCCGCUCUUGACGAGUUCCGCUUUAUCCCUCUGCCCGUGCCCAUCCAGCCUGUCGCGCCAGCCGUCGAUUCGGCGCAGCUCGCCUCCGCGCACAGCUCAGCGACUACCGACGACUGUGCCAGAGUGACCGAAUCUGCCUAA